CCGAUUUCAUCGAGCGCGGCCAGGACGCGUACAUGCGGAGCCAUUUCGGGGACGCGCACGCGGCGAUGCUGCACAGCGCGGAGGAGAGCGUGGAGAUGAUGGGCGAGGCGUUCCUUCAACAGAUCGCGCAAGAUAGGAACACGGUUGAGGUGCUCGCACAGCACCUGCGGGACGUCGGAAUGGUCGAGUUUGCGGACAAGGUCGCGCGUGCCGGGCGGCAGUGACUGCGAAUCAGUCCUGUCGAACGUGUGCGCCGCGCAUAUAAUGGAAUCAUGACCAGAAAUUUCGUUUCUCAUCUUGGACUGCCCCUGAAGGCCUCACGUUCACGUGAGAUUGGACGCGAGGCCAGUCACCCGUUCCCGUUAGAUUCAAGUAGUCUCUUUUCCAGGCGUUGGGUGCUACUGUCUGCUCUAUCUUCUCUCCUCCCACCCCCAUCGACUGGGAUCCCGGCAUUCCCUGCCAACAUGCAGUCCAGCAAGAGCAGGAACCGGCACCCCCAGCCGACGGGCCCCAUGGACACGUUCGAGGCCACCUCUAGCGCGGGUAUAGCCAGCAUGAGACGUACGCUCAAUAAGCAAAAGGAGGAAAAGCGCACGGCCAAGACGCAUUGCACCUUUUGCGGAAAAGACGACAGCGAUGGACCCCUCAAAAGCUGCUCCCGCUGCAAAGCGGCGCGCUAUUGCGACCACACUUGCCAACUCUCAGAUUUCAAAGCCCGCCAUAAGCGUGAAUGCGCCAACUUUGUGCACCCGCCCACCACGGGAGCAUUCCUCACGAAGCCCAUCACCGGAGAGCAAUACCCCUUACACCCCCUCUUCGCGCAUUGGCACGAGGAUGGUGUUGGGUGCUGGGUCACAAUCGAAGGGCGGAUUGAUUGCGAGUUGCAGUCUCUGGCCGACAGCCUCGAUCCGACCGAGCUCAGGGACCGGCAAAAGCGCAUGAUGGUCGGGGGAGGGAUCGCCGCCCGCCAAAUGUUACGCACUCACAAAGCUUCUGCGCGCAGCUUGCUCGGUCUACGCGUCCUCGUGCAGAACCGCCGCAAGGACAAAACUCCUAUACUGGUGUUCGGCUCGCGUGCACAGGUGCUGAGCCAGCCGUCGCUGACCUCCGCCGUGCUGCGGGGCACAGCCGAGGGCGACAACCUGGUGAAGUUCACGCGAGACAAGGUUCCUCGUGCGGCCAUGGGUAUCGUAAACGACCCCUGGGACAACGCGCCGCGGCUGAACAUUUCAAACGUCAACGGCCUCGAUGCCAAGAAAGACGCACCGCUGCCCGAAAACAUCAAGGACGCGAAAGAGGCCACGAUCCUGCUGAACACGGGGGAGUAUGUCAUCCUGCACCUCCAGUUCGGCGUCGGCGACGGCAACACGAUCUCCAAAGACUGGGAGGCGCUCGGCGCACUCGAGGCCCUCCUGCUCCCUUGGGCGCCCUUGGACGGCACCUCCACUCCUGCUGCCCUCGCCGCCUCUCUCCCUACAGCGCAAUCCUGCACCUCAGGGGAGAGCAGCACCGUGCGUGGCCGACUGCUGCGCGCGCCGUUCGACCAGCGCGGGGUGGACGAGUACUUUGCGGAUUUCAUCGAGCAUGGCGAAGAGGCGUACAUGCGAAGCCACUUCGGGGACGCCCGCGCGGACAUGUCGCGCCUCGCAGACGAGAGCAUGGCCGUGAUGGGCGAGGCGUUGCUCGCGAAGGUCGCACAGGCUGGGAACACCGAUGUGCUCAUACAACGCCUGAGGGACUCCGGCUUGGGCGAGCUCGCGGACAAGCUCGCGUCGCGGCAGUGAGCGCGACUCCAUCCUGUCGGGGACGCGCGCGCCGGGGUGGGCGCGACCUGGGGCGAGAAGACUUGGUUCUCGUCCUGGGACUAAUCUGCGAACGAAGCGGUUAACCAUGGUGGACAAGAAUCGUAUGCUGUCGAUCAAUGUAAGAUAGGCAGUGGUUUU